GGAGACUAGUGUGACAGAACGGGGUGGGCGUGGGCAUCUGACUUGGGGCUUGGCUGCUGUCUGUUAACUUUCUCUAGGCACCCACUGCCCCAGCGGACGGUGUCUUCCAAGAUGAGUUUGAAGACCUGAGUUCUAAUCUUGGCUUUGGGGUGAAUCUUACCAUAUGGGGUGAUGCUCCAUGGAGAGGCAGGAAAGAUUGCCUCCGCCCAGGGACAUGUGGGCUGGUGCUUCCGCCGUCUCUGUGGGAGCCUGAACUACGCACACAGUAAUGGUUGGAUUGGGCUUUUAGGACCGGAGUGCACUCACGUUAGAACCUCCCCGGAGCGCCCCCACCAGGCAGCAAUGCCAGGAUGCCCGUCUCUGCCUCGCUCCACCAAGAUGGCAGCCAGGAGCGGCCGGUGAGCCUGACUUCCACCACCUCCUCGUCAGGCUCCUCCCGUGACAGCCGCGGGGCCAUGGAGGAGCCCAGCGGCUCCGACGCUUCGGCCGAGAACGGGGCGGGCUCCCCGCGCGGCCGGCGUCUCCCCAACAACAACAACUCCAGCAGCUGGCUGAGCAUGAGGGGCUCCCUGUCCCCUUUCAACAGCCGGGCGUCGGUGGCGCCUGCGCACAAGCUCAGCUACGUGGGUCGAGUAGUGCGGGAAAUCGUGGAAACGGAGCGCACGUACGUGCAGGACCUGCGCAGCAUCGUGGAGGACUACCUCUUGAAGAUCAUUGACACGCCUGGGCUGCUGAACCCGGAGCAAGUCAGUGCCCUCUUUGGGAACAUAGAAAGCAUCUACGCACUGAACAGCCAGCUACUCAGAGACCUGGACAGCUGCAAUAGUGAUCCGGUGGCUGUGGCCAGCUGCUUUGUGGAAAGGAGCCAAGAGUUUGAUAUCUACACCCAGUAUUGCAACAACUACCCCAACUCAGUGGCCGCCCUGACCGAGUGCAUGCAGGACAAGCAGCAGGCCAAGUUCUUUCGGGACCGGCAGGAGCUGCUGCAGCACUCACUGCCCUUGGGCUCCUACCUCCUCAAGCCAGUCCAGCGCAUCCUCAAGUACCACCUGCUACUCCAGGAAAUCGCCAAACAUUUUGAUGAAGAAGAGGACGGCUUUGAGGUGGUAGAGGAUGCCAUUGACACCAUGACUUGCGUGGCCUGGUACAUCAACGACAUGAAGAGGAGACAUGAGCACGCGGUCCGGCUCCAGGAGAUUCAGUCUCUGCUCAUCAACUGGAAGGGGCCAGACCUGACCACCUAUGGGGAGCUCGUCCUGGAGGGCACAUUCCGCGUGCACCGUGUGCGCAACGAGAAGACCUUUUUCCUCUUUGACAAAGCACUGCUCAUCACCAAGAAGCGGGGAGAUCACUUUGUCUACAAGGGUCACAUCCCGUGCUCCUCCCUGAUGCUGAUUGAGAGCACCAGAGAAUCCCCGUGCUUCACCGUCACACACUACAAGCACAGCAAGCAGCAGUACAACAUCCAGGCCAAAACUGUGGAGGAGAAACGGAGCUGGACUCACCACAUCAAGAGACUCAUCCUGGAGAACCACCAUACCACCAUCCCCCAGAAGGCCAAAGAAGCCAUCUUGGAAAUGGAUUCCUAUUAUCCCAAUCGGUACCGCCACAGCCCAGAGCGCCUGAAGAAGGCCUCCCAGGAUGAGGUGUCCGCCACCCAUGUGCACCAGGGGCACCGGCAGUCUGAGCCUGGUCAGCUCCUGUACAACCGGGCAACACUCCCCAGCAGGCAGCGAGGCUUCACGGUGCCAGGCCUUAAGGGCCAUAGAAAGUCGGAGCCAUCCAGACAUCUGCUCAGGCAACUCAGUGAGAAAGCCACAGCAGCAGAAAUGAAGCAUGCGGGCAGUGUUGGCACGCUCCUGGACUUUGGACAGCCCCCCUGUGCCCGAGGCCUGCAGUCGGAGGCUGAAGGGGCUGCCCGGGAGGAGGAGGAGGAGGAAGAGCAGUCCUUUCAGGUCUCUCUGGAGGACCUGGCAGGGUGUGAAGGCAGCGAGAAGGGGGCCAGGCCAGAGCCCCCAGGCGAGGAGGAGGAGGAGGAGGAGAGCCUGGCAGUGGCGGAGCAGGGGAAGGGGCACAGGGAGCCCGAAGACCCCAAGAGCUGCCGAAGGCCCAGCAGCCGAUCUCCAACCACCGCUGAGAAGUGCCUGAGCUUUGAGUCUGUGUCUUCCCUGCCAGAGGUUGAGCCAGACCCUGAGUCUGGGACAGAGCAGGAGGUGUUUGCUGCCAUGGAAGGUCCCAGGACCGAGGAGAUGCCAUCAGACACAGAGGCUCCAGAAGUCCUAGAAAUGCAGCUUGACACCCACCAGCUGCUGCUGGGACUGGACCCCCCGGGUGACAUGGUGGACUUCAUGGUGGCCGAGAGCACCGAGGACCCUAAGGUCCUGAGCAGUGAGGACGAGGAGGAGGAGAUGGGGGCCGCCCGCGAGCCCGAGAGCCUCCUGCCCCCCUCUGUGCUGGACCAGGCCAGCGUCAUUGCCGAGCGGUUCGUCAGCAGCUUCUCUCGGCGGAGCAGCCUGGCACUGGAGGACGGCAAGUCCAGCGGCUUAGGGACCCCGAGGCUGACCAGCCGGAGCAGCAGUGUGAUCAGCCUAGAGGACAGUGAGGAGGGUCUGGCCCGACGUGGGGGCGCCACAGACUCCCUGGGUCCUCAGCCCCCUCCAGAGGCGGACGUCAGUACGCGGGUGGCCGCAGAGAGUGAGCCUUUUGUCAACGGGACAGAGCCCCAGAGCCCGGGCUGCUCGGCGGAGCCAGACAGGCCUUCCUGCACGAAGGAAUCGAAGCUUUCUUCCCGAGACCGGCUGUUGUUGGACAAAAUCAAGAGCUACUAUGAAAGUGCAGAGCACCACGAUGCAGGCUUUAGUGUCCGGCGCCGGGAGAGCCUCUCCUUCAUCCCCAAAGGACUGGUGAGAAACUCGGUCUCCAGAAUCAACAGCCUUCCCAGGCCGGACCCGGAGCCAGUGGCUCCGCUGGGGCAUAAGAGACAGGUGGGCUCGCGGGCAGCCUCCUGGGCCCGCUUUGACGACCCAGGACCAGGCCAGGCUCGUGCUGGGGACCCAGCUCCCAUCACAGAUGCUGAGUUCCGCCCGUCUUCAGAAAUUGUGAAGAUCUGGGAGGAAGUGGAGUCUUCUGAGGGGAGCCCUCGGAAGGGACCAGGCCAAGGCCAGGCCAAUAGCUUUGACCUGCACGAGCCCCUCUUCAUCCUGGAGGAGCGUGAGCUGGGGGCCAUCACUGAGGAGUCGGCUGCUGCCUCGCCGGAGAGUGCCUCCCCCACUGAGCCACCCAGCCCGGCCCACUUGGCCCGGGAGCUGAAGGAGCUGGUGAAGGAGCUGAGCAGCGGCAGCCAGGGGGAGCUGGUGACCCCGCUACACCCCCGCAUCCUGCAGCUCUCCCACGUGAUGGACAGCCACGUGAGUGAGCGAGUCAAGAGCAAGGUCUACCAGCUGGCUCGCCAGUACAGCCUCCGGAUCAAGAGCAAGUCGGUGACAGCCAGGCCACCGCAGCAGUGGGAAAAGGUGGCUGCCACCACCCGCCACCUGCAGCAGGAGGCCGGAGCACCAUCUGCGGGCAGAGGUAAGAGGAAACCAGUGCUGUCUCUCUUCAACCACGAGCAGCCCACGGCCCAGGAACACAGCCCGCCCGAGCCCGGCUCUGCCAGGGAGAUAUCGCUGCGGCGUUUGUCCUUCAGCCCCUCGGCCACCAGCCCGAGGACCGCCUCGCCUGGGGCCUGGCACAUCCCCCGAAGCCCCCUCAGCCCCUUGGACACCGAGACUUUCAACUGGCCCGACGUCCGAGAGCUCUGCUCCAAAUAUGCCUGCCAGGACGAGGCGCUCCAGGCCAAGGGCAGCCGGCCGCGCAACCUGCCCGUCAACCGGAGCCUCUCGCUGCCGGAGAACAUGAUGCAGCCGCAGCUGCCCCUGUCGGGGAAGGUGGGCCGCUGCUGCAGCCUGAACUCCAGGAGGGCCCCGGCCGGCCCAGGGGUCACCCAGCCUCAGCCUCUGGCGGGGUCACCCCCAAGCGCGCCGGACGGAGGGGAGGCCCUGUACGUCACCGCAGACCUCACACUGGAGGACAGCCGGCGGAUGGUUGUCAUGGAGAAGGGGCCCCUGUCCUGCCCCAGCAUGGGACUGGAGACAGCCAGCGGGCGGGGACCGAGCUCACCAGCAGCCCAGGCGGGGCAGGGCCCGGAGUUCCAGGAGUGUGCAGAGUAUCGGCCUAAAGAAGAGGGUCCCAGGGACCCGGCAGACCCAAGCCAGCAGGGCAGAGUGAGGAGCCUGCGGGAGAAAUUCCAGGCCUUGAACUCCACAGGUUGACACUGAGUCCUGGGGGAGGGAGCAGCCGUGCCGAGGGACGGGGAAGGACGGUGGCAUCCUCGCUCACAGCCUGGGCUCACCCUGCUCAGCCGAGCCCCACCCGGGGCCCUCAGAAAGGCCGCCCCUGGGAGAGCGCCCUGGGGCACCGGGCAAGGGCCUUCACCUGCCGUGGGCGCGCCACUGACUUGCGAGCCCCUUUGCCCCCCGAGGCCAGUGUGGCCACUUCCCUUGUAUAUAGUUCUUCUCUAGUAAGAGGCCAAAUAGUUAAGCUCAUCUCUUCCCAGGGAGAGUGAGCCCUGCUCAGGCCUCCAGUGUUGUCUGGCCGCUGCCAGACUGAGGGCCCACCCAGGGGACACACAGGAGGGUGGCCUGGGGAGGCUUUGCUCUUUAACUGUGCCUUUUCUUAGGAGCCGGGCAGGAACGAGGCCCGUAAUUUAUUGCCUUCUACCCUGUGGUAUGUUGGUGAGCUCGCGUGUGUGUGUGUGUGUGAGUGUGUGUUCUGUUGUUGAUUUCCCUCCUGGGAAGAAUGUUCGUGGACUCUGUUCAGGUACUUUUGUGGGUUGUCUUGCUGGCCCCGUGGUUGUGACUAAUGUACACACAUUUCGUUAUCUGCCAAUGGUGUAAUAACCACUGCUGACCAACCAAGCUGUGAGUGGUCUCCUUACUGGCGCCUGGCCGGGCCGGGGAGAGGUGCUCGUGCCCAGGCCUGGCUCAGGGAAGCGGGACGUGGGCUUGUUGCUC